GUUAAGUUUCUACUUGAAUUUUCCUAUAAUAUAUAACAAUUAUACGGUUAUUAUUCAUGCUUUUUACCAUAGACUUAAGUUUGUGAUUUUGGCCAAUUAGUUUCACAGGCUUAUCAUUAGAUGGUGUUGGCAAGCCGCUUCAAAUGACGGUGUCAUGAUAGGGAUACAUCAGCCGGAUAGUUAGUACGAUUUCAGCCAUACGUCAAAAUGGCUGAGUUAAUUGCGGUGCCGUUGAAGAAACCGUUCGAUGUCGAUGUUAUUAAACCAUUAACGAACGUUAUUAAAUCAACGUACAGCAGUGCGAGUAACCAAAAAGAUUAUACGGAAGCAAUUACCGAUUUCAGUAAAUUAAGGAACAACGCGUUAUGGCGAGCUUUCGAGAAGUCCGAUAGCUCCUUAGAGAUUAUAUACAGUUACUAUGAUCAACUGUGUGCAUUGGAGGGCAAGAUACCUGCCCAUGAAUUACAGAUUCCAUUCAAAUGGAAAGAUGCAUUUGACCGUACGAUGUUUGGAGGAAAACUUAGUUUAACUAUUAGUACAUUGGCUUAUGAAAAAGUAUGUGUUCUAUUCAAUAUUGCUGCUCUGCUAAGUUCAGUAGCAGCAACACAAUCGCUUCAUGAUAUGAAAUCAGCUGCAAAAUUAUUUCAACAAUCUGCAGGUAUCUUUAAUUAUCUUAAAGGAAAUGUUAUGAUGGAAAUUCAGCAAGAACCUACACCUGACAUCAGUCCAGAAACAUUAGGUGCAUUAUCUAUACUAAUGCUUGCUCAAGCUCAGGAAAUAUUUGUACAUAAAGCUAUCGAAGAUUCCAUGAAACAUGGAAUUGUAGCUAAAUUAGCUGCUCAAGCUGAAGAACUUUAUGCGGAUGCAUUAAUGUUGUUCCAGAAAGAGAUUUUCAGGUCUUUUUGGGAUAAGGAAUGGGUUCCUUUGAUAGCAGGGAAGCAAGCCGGUUACUUAGCAAUGUCUGAAUUUUAUCAAUCUUUAGUAUGUAAAAAUAAUAAAGCUAUUGGAGAAGAAAUUGCUAGACUAGAGCAUGCUGUGGAAUUGUUCAAAGCAGCGCAACAACGUUCGAACAAACGUAACUUAUUUGAAGAAUAUUUCAAUAAGGCCCAAAGGAAUCUUACAGAAGCAAAAAAAGAUAAUGACUUUAUUUAUCAUGAAAGGAUACCAGAUGUAAAAUCUUUGGAGCCCGUAGGUAAAGCCAACAUUGUAAAGUUGUUGCCCAUGCCUGAGACUUUCAGUACAAACUUCAAAGAUCUUUUCGCUGAUUUGUUGCCUGUAAGUGUUCACCAAGCAUUGUCAUCCUAUGAUGUUCGUCGCAAUGAAUUAGUUAAUGCAGAAAUUUCUAAACUACGUGAAAUGACGCAAGUGCUAAAUAGUAUUCUGGCAAGUUUGAACUUACCUGCCGCUAUCGAAGAUACGAGUGGUGCCGAAUUACCUCAAUCUGUGUUGGAGAAAGCUCAAUUUGUGAAGGAAGCAGGUGGAAUUACUGCUUUAGAAAGUGCUAUGACUGAACUACCAGAUCUUUUACAAAGAAACAAAGAAAUCUUAGACGAGUCUGAAAGAAUGCUUCAAGAAGAACGGCAAUCUGAUGAUCAGUUGAAAGAACAAUUCAAGGAACGUUGGACCAGAAUACCUAGCUCUCGUCUGACAGAGCAGUUCACUAUUACUUUACGGAAGUACCGUGAAAUUAUUAACAGGGCUGUAACGGCUGAUAAGGCUGUACGUGAAAAAUAUGAAACUCACAAAGAAGGUAUGGAAAUUUUGAGUUUAGAUGACAGUGCCCUGAUCAAUGCGGUACCAACUGGAUCAGGUGUUCAGGAAAGCAGCACAGUGUCACAACUUAGACAACUUAUGGAAAAUGUGGAAACAUUAAAAGCAGAACGUGAUGUCAUAGAAAGUGAAUUGAAGUCUGCCACUACCGAUAUGAAAGCAACGUUUUUGUCAGCACUUUCUAAAGAUGGUGCUAUCGAUGAACCAAACUUAUCUGUAGAAAGCAUAGGAAAAACUUACGGACCUUUACAAAAGCAAGUCAGGGACAGUGUUGCACGGCAAGAACAGUUGAUCGCUGAUAUUCAAAGGUGUCAUGCAGCGUUUACUAACGAGCAAUCUGGCAGUGGUAGUUCAAGAGAGGCAAUGCUAUGCAAAUUAGCAGCUGCUUAUGAUUCAUUUAAAGAAUUAAAAGGCAAUUUAAAUGAAGGUGCUAAGUUUUAUAAUGACUUAACACAGUUACUGGUAGUGUUCCAAAACAAAAUAUCAGAUUUUUGUUUUGCUCGAAAAACGGAGAAGGAGGAACUACUGAAAGAUUUGACGACAAAUUUGAGUCAUGCUGGUCCAACUACAACUCCCACCAUUCCAGCUCAUCAUGGUGGAACAUCUGGACAGAAUCAGCCUCCUGCGCCUGAACAAACUACCGCACCAUCGCAGUUGCCGUACCCUACACAGUUUCAAGGAGCAAUGCCCAUACCGUACGGAGCUGGUCCUGCUACACCGUAUCCUGCAUAUAUUGCUCCUCCCAUGCCUACAGCGUAUAAUCCAUAUGCGACAAUGCCUUAUCCUACCCAAGCUCCAGGAAAUUAUAAUCCGUACCAAGGUAUGCCUCAAGUUCCUUAUGGUGGGUAUGCAACUUUGCCACGUUACGGAGGGAACCAAAAUCCUCCCGGUCACAAUCCAUUUUGAAAUACGAAUUGUGUGUUGCAUGUACUAUGAUUGUAACUAUAGACAUGCAAACGUGCAGAAUCAGCAAAGCUUAUGUGUAAUAACGUCGCAGAAAUUAAAGCGAAAUAUAUUUUAAUGGCAUUUCGUUCUGUCCAGCAUCAAACAAUGAAUAAACAACGUUUAAGAUCGGUUUAGAGGACAGACACUUCUUGAUUGUUAUUAAAUUUCAUGCAGUUAAAUUUUGAUAUAAUAUUUAUCGAUACGUGAUAUAAGUUAAGCGUUACGUUUAGAUAAAGUCAAUCUUAUUUUAUCUUAUUGUAUAAUUUUAUUCAAGUCGAAUUGAUUAUCUUACUUAUAUCUUGAUUAAAUUGAUGAUUAUCAAUACUAUACACGUUAUGGUUAUAUUCAUGCAAUAUACUUUUUAAUGGUUCGAAAGUAUUUCACAAAGAAAGUGAUAAAUACAAAACAUAUACAAAACUUCUGCAAUUUAUAGAUAUAUUUUGUAACAUAACGUACAGUCUCCGUCAUUGUAACACUAUACAACCGUAAUUGCUAGGUAAUCAUUGCCUUCAUUUUGUAUUUAGUUAAACAAUUUUAUAUUACUGAUCUUUUGCUAUAUCGCACUGUUCGUAACUGCGCUUUCGUUUCGAAAUGUAUAUU